AUGGCUACCACUGCCCCCCUCAGUGCGAAAAGCAAGCUUGCUGGACCCGGCGCAUCCUUGAAAAUCACUCCUUCCAACUCUCCAAUCCUCCGACCAGGCACGCGAUCCCCCAGCAAAACCGCACAUCAAUCCUUUUUAUCCCUUCAAACCGUUAUCGGCACAACAACAACAACACCCAAUGGCUUUUCCAGCAAUGAUCAGAGCAGAAGCUUUGCACUGUGCGCUGGAUCAGCAGCGGUUCUCGCAGAAUUAGACGAGAACGACAAUAUAACACAGCGCUUCUUCCGAGCCCGCCCCUCCGCGACCAGCGUGAACCCAUCGACUUCUUUUUACAACCAGUCGACUCCCCCAGCCACCCCGGACCCGAGAUCGCGAUCCCUUUCCCAUAUCCGAUCGAACCCGCACCUCAAUAUUCCCAAUGGGUCUCCGUCAAGCGAAGUCAUCGACAGCGGCAGUCCACGUGGAUGGUCUUCGAGGGAAAGAAUCAAGGCAGUGACGAGUGUUUCGAUCAGCCCGAAUGGAAGAUUUCUUGCAGUGGGAGAGACUGGUUAUAAUCCUCGAGUUCUAAUAUUUUCGACAGCAAGAGAUGCUUUGCCGGAUGUUCCUCUGUCCAUUCUAAAUGAGCAUACAUUCGGUGUUCGCAGCCUGGCGUUUAGUCCCGACUCUCAGUAUUUGGCAACGCUUGGUAAUCCGAAUGAUGGAUUUCUCUUUAUCUGGGCAAUAAAUCUCAAAAAUGGGUCGGCCAGGCUACACUCCGCGAAUAAAUGCACCUCGUUUAUCAAAGAUAUGUGCUGGGUCGGCCAAAGCUUGGUCACGACUGGUCUGCGACAUGUGAAAGUCUGGCGUCUUCCAACGGUCAUUCGACCUGCUUCACCGACCAAGUCACGUUUGAAUAUAGAGGGGGCUGGCCCCUCGCCCAAUCCUGCCCCGAAAGCACUUUCCGGCAGAAAUUGCCUACUAGGUGCACUGGGCGAUAACACCUUCACCUGUGUGAACAGUAUCUCCCACAACGAGGCUGUAAUCGGUACAGAUUCAGGGGCACUUUGCUUUCUCGAUGAUCGCGAGGGCUCCCAGAAGAUGAUCACGGUAAAGCAAGUUGGAUUCAGCAUCACCUCAUUGGCUGUGGACUUUGACCAGGAAUCUAUAUGGCUAGGUGGGCGAGGAAGGCAAAUGCAGCGGGUGCCAUUUGAAGUUCUACAAUCUUCUGGUUCAUCCACGCCGAUGUCUCCUGUCCGCCUUGACAAGAGUGCAGUUGAUAAGAAAAGCAAGGCGCCGGCGAUUACCUGCAUGGGGUCUCUCAAUUCUCAUAUAGUCACUGUUGAAUCCACCCGCGCGAUCCAUGUCUAUCCGAUUGAUACUUUAGGCGAAGAUGGUGAACAAGAGGAGGGCGAGGCUUCCAUGCCGGCUCAUCGGGAUCCGAUUCUCGGCAUCUGCCGCAUGGAUUUCCCUAAUGACUUGUCUGCGGACUUCUUCACGUGGUCUCGCAAUGGUUCGGUGAACUUUUGGGAUGCCCAAGGGAAGUGUCGAGGAUCGAAAAAUAUCGACCUCGACCAAUUCCCAGGAAAAGAAGAUGAUGCGGCAAACGAACUCAAAGUUUUGAGGACCGCUGAAAAUGCGGACUGGUUUGUCUCUGGUGACAAAUUUGGUGUAUUGAGAACCUUUUCGAACUCCGACUGGACUUGCCUUGACCAGGCGCGCGCCCAUGGUGGAGAGAUCACCGAUGUGGUCAUCCAAGGCAUGGACGAGACCUGGUUGGUAGCUAGUUCCGGGCGUGAUCGGAUGGUGCAACUCUUCGAGAAACGAGACAACGAGUUGCAAUUGAUCCAAACCAUGGACGAUCACGUCGGAGCUGUUGGACAAUUGAUGUUCAUUAACGAAGGCGAAAGGCUCCUUUCAUGCUCCGCAGACCGCACUGUUGUCAUAAGAGAUCGUGCGACACGCGAGGUCGAUUGUGGCACGUCUGUUGCCUACCUCAUUUCAAGGGUCAUCACUCAAAAGGCUUCCCCUGUCUCGAUGACACUUUGUCCAGACGACUCGAACAUUCUAUACCUUUCCACUAUGGACCGUUGUGUUUCGAAAUUCGAUAUACCUUCUGGGCGCCAACUUCACUGUUUCAAGGCAUCUGAUUCAGAGACAGCGGAUGCAGUAGUUUUGGGCUCGUUGACAGUUGCCUCUGAAAUCUCAGGUCAGACACCGAAGGUUCUUAUAGGUGUUUCGAGCACCGACAAAUCUAUUCGCGUCUAUGAUCUGGAGCGAGAUCAGCUCCUCACCGGCGAAUUUGGCCAUACAGAAGGCGUAACCGAUGUGUUACUCCUGGAGGAGCGUGAUAAAUCCGAUGGGUCUCAAACCAAGCGCACAGUGGUCAGUGCCGGUAUGGAUGGUAUCCUGAUGAUAUGGAACCUAGCUGUCCAGCAACAUGUCUCCCCAGACCUGAUCGGUAACAUACGCGAGGACGACGAAACCCCCGUAAAGGAAAUGACAGCGGCGAGGCCCCCUCUCCGCAAAGUCCUUUCCCGCAGUGAGCUCGCCGGAUUCCAACGACCGGAUAGCCCAAACCCUACAACACCAACACCUAUACGCGAGCAUUCUCCAACCCUACUCCGCAAGCUAUCUCGACUAUCUUUAGCACCAAGCUCACUAAAAAACCACACCGUUUCAGAAACACCCUCACCCCCAAACCGCCUCUCCCCAACACAACGCACACCCCAAGACCGACACCGCCGGUCCCCAUCCCCACGCAAGAACCACCAACCGCCGCACAUCCCUCGACUUCCGCAACCGCGGAAAAAAACCCCGCGCAGCGAGUUCGGAAGUCUGGAUAUGUCGACCGAACAGCUGUGUCGGACUCUGCGAGCGUAUCGCAAGAAACUCAACGGCUCAAGUCAACUCAUCCAAGCGCAAAAGGAACUCGAGCGCGAACUCAGUCUCACACUACGCGUUGUUGGUGGUCGUGGACAGAGCAGUGAUGAGAGCGCUGAAAGCGCCGAGACAGAGACGGAUAGUAGUGGUAAGGAUAUGGAGCGGGAGCGUAAACAGAGUUACUCGGCUGUGUCUAAGUCGCCUCGUAUUCCUCAUCGUAUGCCGUCUACCCCGUCGUUACGGCAUAAGGGGACACGGCAGGCUUCGCGGAGUCGUUCUUGUGAUACAAAUGGGGAGGAAUGA